CUUGCGUAACCGCCGCAUCCGCUGCUUGAAGUCGGCCCAUGUCGCCUGUAUCCCGGCCCCGCCCCAGUGAAGACAGCCUGGGCUCUCAGAGACGACGACGGGGCUCGGAGAGCCCCCCGUCGGCCUGGCCGACCCGACGGUCCCCGCGCGGGGGAGGUUUGGACCCUCACCUCGGCGGCCCCAAGCGUGUCCUGCCUCCGCUGGGGGCCGAGGGCGCCCGCCCAGCGCACGCCUUCGGCCGCCCGAGGUUCGGAGAGCGGCCGCCCCCGCUGGGCAUCCGCGCGUUUGCCUCCUCGCCCUCCUCCUCCGUGUGCGGCGACCACCGCUCCCACCACCACCACUACGCGGGGGACCGCUCGUGGGCCGAGGACCAGGAGAAGGAAAAGGCGGAGAGCUACCGGCAGCGGAGGCUGAAGGAGAGAGAGAGGAUCGGAGAGCUGGGAGCGCCCGAGGUGUGGGGAUUGUCACCCAAGGUUCCCGACCCAGAUUCUGAUGAACAUACACCGGCCGAAGAUGAGCUGAGGAAUCAGAAGAGCAGCAGCUCAGACUUCACCACUGAGGAAAAAAGGACAAAGAUCGGUCAUUCCACGAGGAAAAAGAGAAAGAAAAAGCCCUCCAAAAGGAAGCACAGGGAGCACUGUGAUGACAGCAGUUCAGACUCGGACAUUCAUUCCAGCUCCGAUAGUGAUAAAAAGAAAGUUAAAACCAAGAAGAAGGAGAAGAAAAAGAAACACCGGGCGAAACAGCUCAAGAAGAAGAAGAGGGCUAAAAAGGAAUGCAGUGAUAUAAGCCGCGAAGCUUACACGUGGAAGGAACAGUUGGUGAGUGCAGAUAGCACGGAUUUAAUAGGCCCAGAAGCACCUAUACUACACACCUCUCAAGACGAGAAACCUUUGAAUUAUGGCCACGCCUUGCUUCCAGGUGAAGGCGCAGCUAUGGCUGAAUAUGUAAAAGCUGGAAAGCGGAUCCCGCGAAGAGGUGAAAUUGGGUUGACUAGUGAAGAGAUUGCCUCAUUUGAAUGUUCAGGCUACGUCAUGAGUGGUAGCAGGCAUCGCCGAAUGGAGGCCGUGAGACUGCGUAAGGAGAACCAGAUUUACAGUGCUGAUGAGAAAAGAGCCCUUGCGUCCUUCAACCAAGAAGAGAGGCGGAAGAGAGAGAAUAAGAUCCUAGCCAGCUUCCGAGAAAUGGUAUACAGGAAGACAAAAGGGAAAGACGACAAGUGAGAAUACUGCGGGUCUUUUAACAACAACGGUUUUGUAUGACCAAAAUAAUAGUAAAUGGCUUUACCGUUUACCAGCGCUGUUGUACUUACUGUGUUACAAAGUACUUCUUGAGAUGUCUGAGACAGUCUUACAAACAUUACAGGAGAUGAAUAAAAAAGUGAAUGUCACCCCUGUCCCUGGUUUACGAGUACCGAUUCCCACCCGCCAAAAAGCAAGUUAUCUUAUGUAUCCUUCCACGGUUUUGUGCAUAUACAAGGCCAUAUUUUGCAGAAUAAAAGUUAA